UGGCUGCCCCGAGGUUCCUCCGGAGAAUAAAAGCCUGGAGCUGAGAGUCCUGCCAACCUUCUACUCUCCCAGGACACAGACACAAUCUACUUCUCUCGCUGUUCCGUCCAGCUCCUUCUGUGCCGGCCAUGGCAGUCCAGGAGCCCCUCCACGUGAAGACCCCGCUGCGUGACAGUAUGGCCCUGUCCAAAGUGGCUGGCACCAGCGUGUACCUAAAGAUGGACAGUUCCCAGCCCUCAGGCUCCUUCAAGAUCCGAGGCAUUGGACACCUCUGCAAGACGAGGGCAGCACAAGGCUAUAGACAUUUUGUCUGCUCUUCAGCGGGCAAUGCAGGCAUGGCGACGGCCUAUGCUGCCAGAAGGCUGGGCGUCCCGGCCACUAUCAUUGUACCUAGCACCACACCUACCCUCACCAUUGAGCGGCUCAAGAAUGAAGGUGCCACAGUUGAAGUCGUGGGAGAGAUGUUGGAUGAGGCCAUCCAGCUGGCCAAGGCUCUAGAAAAGAACAACCCGGGCUGGGUGUACAUCCAUCCCUUCGAUGACCCUCUCAUCUGGGAAGGCCACACUUCCAUCGUCAAGGAACUGAAGGAGACGCUGAGUGCCAAGCCUGGGGCCAUUGUGCUCUCUGUUGGUGGCGGGGGCCUGCUGUGUGGAGUCGUCCAGGGGCUGCAAGAAGUGGGCUGGGAGGAUGUGCCUGUCAUCGCCAUGGAGACCUUUGGUGCCCACAGCUUCCAUGCUGCCAUCAAGGAAGGGAAGCUGGUCACCCUGCCCAAGAUCACCAGUGUUGCCAAGGCCUUGGGUGUGAACACUGUGGGGGCACAGACCCUGAAGCUGUUUUACGAACACCCCAUUUUCUCUGAGGUCAUCUCGGACCGGGAGGCUGUGUCCGCUAUUGAGAAGUUUGUGGAUGACGAGAAGAUCCUAGUGGAACCCGCGUGCGGCGCAGCUCUGGCUGCAGUGUACAGUGGCGUGGUGUGCAGGCUGCAGGAUGAGGGCCGGCUGCCAAGGCCGCUGGCUUCACUGGUGGUGGUCGUGUGUGGCGGCAGCAACAUCAGCCUGGCCCAGCUGCAGGCUCUCAAGGCACAGCUCGGUCUGAACGGGCUGCCCAAGUGACCCCGCACCUCUAAGUAGUGUGGGCAGAGGAUGCACCUGACAGUGGCCCCCACCCUCCUUUACCCGUUUAUAAUGUGCAGUUUUUCAUUGUAAAUAAAUAAUAUAUAUAUGUAUAUUUAUAAAGCAAAGACUUUAGAGUUUUGUUUGUUCUUGACAUGCGGCCUAUGUGCAGCGUAAGCCUCCUACUUCGGCCGGCCUCCAUAGAGCUGCUGUAACGGGCACUGGCGGGCACCCUGCCACAGCUGCCCUGGCCACCAGAGGAGCAAUGCUCCCUACCCAUGUACUAGUCACUUGGAUCUCCUAGUGGGCUGGUGUAUGAGUGGGGCCCACACAUUUAUCACAGAGACCUGGGGUAGGGGCAAAGUGGCUGGGAGAUGCACAGACAAAGCCACCACAUUCUAACAUGAAGUCCUUACUAACAGGACAAGGACAUCCUUAAAACACCAGCAGUCCCACCCAUGUGCAAGGAAACCAACCUUGUACUCUUGUCUGCAGGGCAGGAAAGGUGAAGAGAAUUUGACCUCCCCUUCCAACAAAACCCAAAAUACAUGACAAGCACUGGGCUGGCUGGGGCAGAGCCAUCCACUCCGCUCAGGACCUCGAGACACUGGCAGAGCAGGUCUUUCACUCCACUGCCCACCCCAGCAUGGCAGGGCUCUAGGACACUGUUCUACUUAGCUUUUGUGCCUAUCACAAAGGGACAUUCCCUCACUUUCCUAACAAAGUCCAAGUACUGAGGGUUCAGUGAGGAUCUACUGUGAGCAAGAGUGAAGCCUAUAUUUCAGGGACUGCAGCGCACAUCUCCCAGGACCCACCAACAGAUUAGGCAGGAAGAGGACCAGAGCCCAGACCUCUGGUUCAUAGGUUUUGAGUUCUCAGCCUGUGAGACCAAACAGGGAGGACUCUGUUUCUUGUGGGUCUCUGGACCUCACAACAGGACUUAGGAUCUUGGUGGUCAGCAGAGCAGGCCAGAGGAGGACCCAGAAUAUAGCAUGUGAGAUGGAUACUGAGAGAAAGAGUUGAUGGACAGAGAGCCUGACAGGGAAGGAUAAAUGCACACACAGGGAGGAACACACAAGUGGACAGAGGCAGCCUGGUGGACUGACAGAUAAAAAGCAGACAACAGGCAUGGUGGCCCACACAUGUAAAUCCAGACCAGCCUGAGCUACAGAGCAAGGGUUGUCUCAGAACCGAAAGGAAAGGGUGUGCGGUUCUGGCUGGGUGAGUGGUGAGGAUGGGUGCUGGGAGGGUGGGUGGCUUGCUAUGCAGACAGACAGUGGUAAUGGGCUGGCACAGGAGUAAAAGGACAGAUGGAUGGCGAGAACAAUGGGCAGGGCGUGGUACAGGGCCCUGACCUUCACUGCUGCCUCACAAGACACAGCACGGCCAUGGCCCCUCCUACUCAGUGGGAGUACAGCCCAUGCUUGGCUCCCUCGGAACAGAGCCAGGGACACCUACCAGGAGGCCAGGGGCAAGCUCGGGCUGGGGGGCAGGGCAGGAGAACAGGGUGAUGGUGCACCCCUCCUGCAGAAAGAACACAAGACCCUCCAGCUACCAGCAGCCAGAAACUUUGGUUUUUGUUUUCAAGCUUCUACCUCAGGAAAGCUGCCCAGAGGAGGGGACAUGGACUGUUCCCUGAGGUGAUGGGCCCGCAGGCUAGUAGUGACAGCAACGAUGAGCCCUAUCGGAGUCCCACACAGACACUGAGGGACCAGCAGUAGGAGAAUGACACCUAGGAUCCCACCAGGCCCACAGCCAAGCAUAAGCCCCAGCCCACUGGUGACAGGCACAGAGCAAGAGCGGUGAGGAGGCAGAGAAUCAGCUCUGAGACCGCUGGGUCUGUGUCCCUGCAGAGGAGACCAUCCAGACCAGAGCCCCAAAGGGUGGGUGGCCA